AUGGGGAAUAAGCAAUCGUCCGCGCCCAAUCCCUCCCGCCGUCGGCGGACCAACCCGCCGGAACCAGCUCAACCCAGCGCCUCUCAGAAUACUCCCCAAGCUCCCAAUGCCGAAGGAAAUAUGAACAGCGGUGAUGCUGCUUCGUUCGUGUCCACGACCACUACCCUCGUACCCUCGACAAGUAUCACAGCACAGUCGCACGCGGUAGGCGCAGGAGUCAUGGGGCAGCCGUCCCCUUCGUCACCCUCUGCCUCACGAGACUACGAGUCUUCCUUCGCCGCCUUGUCCUCCUCCUUUGGAUUUGGGGCGGCGGCGCCGGUUGUGCCACGGAAAGCUCCCAAAUCUGACGGUGAGCAGUCGAUGAAAUCCAAGACUUAG